AUGGUCGGCAGGAUACCGCAGCGGCUGUCAUGGCUCCUGGCCGCUGGCUUAGCAUCAGCACAAUACGACGUGGAUAGCUUGACAUUUGGCAAAUCAGGAGUUAUAUCACCGAGCGGAUCUGGCAUACCAGGCUGGCAGGCAAGCAGCGUUAAUCACCAGGUGCAGAUGCUGAGCGAUCGCGUCAUUCUCACACCUCCCGUGCCUGGAAACGCCAAAGGUUCGCUGUGGGCGGACAAUACUGCAACAUCCAGCGAUUGGAGCGCAAGUCUCGACUUUCGCGCAUCAGGACAAGAGACUGGGAGUGGAAAUCUACAGGUGUGGUAUGUGAGUUCUAAGGAGGCGAUCGGGACCAACAGUCUAUACAACGUCGGCAAAUUCGAUGGUCUGGUGGUUGUGGUGGACCAGUACGGCAACAGUGGAGGUAAAGUUCGAGGUUUCCUCAACGACGGCACCCAAGACUUCAAUCGGCACCCGAAUGUCGAGUCUUUAGCCUUUGGCCAAUGCGAUUACCACUACCGCAACCUGGGACGACUCUCUACCCUGACCAUACGCAACAACAAUGGCUUGACUGUGUUGCUCGACGGCCAUGAGUGCUUCAGCAGCUCCAAGAUCAUUCUUCCUUCGGGCAAUUAUUUCGGCAUCUCAGCUUCGACUGGCGAACAGAAUCCUGACUCUUUCGAAAUUCACAAGUUCCACGUCCAGGCUGGCCUCGCAGGCGCCUCGACCCAGCAGCAGACACAACCUCAAGGCGGACAACAGGCUCAACAACCCAUUUCAAACAAACUCGACUCCUUCCCCGAUGCUCCCCACGCCAUCCCCGACCGCGACGCCGAAGACUUCAAGACCCAAACCUCCCAAUUCGAAGAUCUCCACAACCGCGUUCAGGGCCUGCAGCACCAGCUCGCGAACAUGUUCAUGGAGUUCAAAGCGAUCAGUGACAAGCUUGACAAAAAGCACCAGGAAGUCACCCAGCUCGUUCAGAAUAUGCAGGGCAGCAAGGAGACGGGGAUCCCGCCGGAGCUGGUGGGGAAGAUACAGAGGAUGAGUGAGAAGGUGGAUAAGAUGGAGGAAACCCUGAACACCGUCAAGAAUGAUGUGGAAGGGAAAGACUAUCGACAACAUCUCAAUAAUCUGAACACUGCGAUCAGUCAGUUGCAUGGAGGGCUGAGGGAGGAUUUGCCGGACAGGAUUUUGGAUAUUGUGCGGAGACACUCGCCACAGUUCGGCUGGUUGAUUUUCGCGGUGGUGGGUGUGCAGCUCUCGAUCGUGGGAGCUUACUUUGUGUACAAGAAGAGGAGGAAUAGCAUGCCUAAGAAAUUCUUGUGA